AUGCCCCAAAAGAGCGCACCCAAACUCUAUGCUUGGAGCCUGUCUAAUCUGGAAGAAAAUCAAUCAGUCUUAAGCUCAUCGCCUAGUCGGCUGGAUGGCUCCAUAUCCCAUCAACAACACCGCAGUCCCCAACAGCGUAUCUACGUUCUUGGUGUUGGAAACCUAGGAAUUCUUUUUGCCAGCUCGCUUGCGUCUCUGCCAAAUCCACCACCGAUAACCCUCGUUGUUCAUCGCAAAGAUCUUCUACUGUCGUGGAGACAGCAACCAGGCAUCGAGGUCACUCGGGGAGACUCUACGCAAAGGUAUUUGGAUUUCGAUGUUGAGCUAUGGUCCGAAGAAAAACCAUCCUUAGGUCCGGCAGGAGAAGUUGCAGAUGGACAGGAGAUUCCCAACCUCAUCGUCACGACAAAGGCAUCCCAAGCUCUUCCACAGGUCGAUCGGGCACGUCGCUAUCUCAAUGAUCGCUCCACGGUUGCUUUCGCUCAGAACGGCAUGUGUAAACUUUGGCCACCUCAUGGCGAUUCUUACAUGGCAUCGCGGUUCCCAGAUGUAUCUGCUUCUCAUCCCAACUGGCUGGCUUGCGUCACAACUCACGGUGUGACUUCGUUGGGUCAGUUUAAGAGUCUACAUGCCUCCGAGGCAGACCUCAAGGUUGGACUUGUUUUCCCUAAUAACUCUGCCGACAACGCCUCUUAUUUGUCAAAUCUACUCGCUGAAUCACCCCAUCUCAACGGCCAAGUUGUGGCACGCGACGAACUAUGGAUACUACAGCUAGAGAAACUCGUCGUCAACUCCGUCAUCAACUCGUUAACUGCGAUUCUUCGCUGUAAGAAUGGCGAUCUGUUCACGAAAAAGGAUGGUACUAUUGCAAAUAUCAUCGAUUCUUUGUUGAUGGAAGCUAGUAAUAUUCUCCAGGCCCUGAUUAAGGACCGAAGCACCGGAGCUAUUCUGCAGACAGCCCCUGGCAUGGCAUUGGCAACGGAGGACGAGAUGACCCGCAAACUCGGACGUCGACGUCGCGACCUCCUGGGCCGCUUUUCCCAUGACAAGCUCAAGGAGAUGCUUUACAGUGUUGGACACAAGGUCCGAGAAAACACGAGCUCCAUGCUUCAAGACGUUUGUGCUGGAAAACCGACCGAAGUCAACGAGUUCAACGGAUGGCUAGUUGAGAUGGCUGCCUAUCUCGAGGGUAGAAUUGACGUUGUCCAUCACAAGAAUCUCGUCGAUCUUGUGGAGAAUAACACUGUGUUAAACGAAGAGUCUCUCGGCAAGCAUUUCUCCAACCUGACGGACAAUCGUCAAGGUAGGCUUGCCAAUAUUCAAAAUCAAUGA